UCUCUCUCUCUAGCCUCGAGUCCCAACCAGAGAGCAACUAAAGCCACAAGUCAUUGAAGAACCCACCAAAAAAAAAGAAAAAGAAAAGCAGCACUCGGAUCACCACUUUCUGCCGAACAACGGGGAGAAUGGCUGAGCCGCCAAGCUCGGAGCCGGAGUCCUCCAGCACGAGCUCGCCCCCGUGGCAGUCGGGGUCGUCGUCGCCCAGCCCCCAGCAGCGGCCCGCCAAGAGGGGGCGGGACAGCAGCAAGCACCCGGUGUACAGAGGCGUGCGGAUGCGGACGUGGGGGAAGUGGGUGUCCGAGAUCCGCGAGCCCAGGAAGAAGAGCCGGAUCUGGCUCGGCACCUUCUCCACCGCCGAGAUGGCGGCGCGCGCCCACGACGUCGCCGCCCUCGCCAUCAAGGGCAGCUCCGCCAUCCUCAACUUCCCGGACCUCGCCCCCUCCCUCCCCCGCCCCGCCUCCUCCUCCCCACGCGACGUCCAGGCGGCAGCCGCCAAGGCCGCCUCCAUGGCCGCCGUCUCCGGCCCCCCCGCCGCCGCGCAGCCCCCUCCGGACUCAUUGUCGCUGCCCAGCUCCGCGCCCACGACGUCCUCCUCUUCCUCCUCCUCCUCGUCGCUGUCGUCCUCGUCGAGCUACACGGAUGACGUAUCCGCGGCGCCGGAAGAGCUGGGGGAGAUAGUGGAGCUGCCUCGGCUGGGGGCCAGCUUCGGCUUCGAGCCAAUGAUGAACGACUCGAGCGUGCUGAACGACUUCGUCUACGCGGACCUGGUGGACGCGUGGCCGUACCCUCCGGAACCGUACGGCCAGGAGUACGACUACUUCGGCCGGACGACAGCGACGGAGAGUGGUAUUAGCGGCAGUUUUGAGGCUUCGUUGUGGCAAUAUUAAUGGCUAAUAGUGUAGAAAGCAAGAAGAAAUGGGGGGUUUGUCAUUUGUGUUUGCGUUGUGCUCGCUCGCUCGGCCCCUUUGUCUUGUUUCUUUCUUUCUUCUUUUUUUACCCCUUUUCUUUUUUAUCCUUUCACUUUUGCCCCUCCUUUGGAAUACUUUUACUUUCAAAGUCCUCCUUCUUGGUAAAGGAAGGGAAAAAAUCAAAUGUGAGCUGGGCUCUCUUAUUA